AAAAAAUCUUAAAAUUUGUAUCAUCCUACUUCCUACAUGUGAAUUGUGAUACUCUCCCACGGCACCGAACUAGUUUAGCUACCAAACGAGCCUUAAAAUGGUUAGUCUGCGAUGAGCUGAGUUGGCCUUUACUCGUUAUUACUACUCCAUCAAGACUCAAUACUACUGCACAGUUUGCACCUUCAAAUGGAGGAGUUCGGAAACGAAACGCGGGAGACUCACGACUGCCUAGUCAAUCUGAGGCGGAGCCCGGUGAGGCGUAAGGAGAAGGUAGUGAUAGGCUGUGGAGCUGGUUUCGCCGGAGACCGGCCUGCUGCAGCUGUGAAAUUGCUUCAGAGAGUGAACGAAUUGGACUAUUUGGUACUCGAAUGCCUGGCGGAACGCACGCUUGCUGAGCGAUACAGAGACGCAAAGUCCGGCGGCUCGGGCUACGAUCCUCGCAUUUCAGAGUGGAUGCGGUUGCUUUUACCUCCGGCCGUGGAGAGCGGUGUUCGCAUUAUUACCAAUAUGGGUGCUAAGUCUCCAUAUGGUGCUCAAGAAGAGGUUUUACGAAUUGCAAGCGAGCUGGGGAUUAGCGUAAGAGUUGGCCUGGCUUAUCAAUCAUCUGUUUCAGAGAAAGGAGUGGACAAUCAACCGAAGCUUGUUGAUGGUGAUGUUAGUGUUUAUCUAGGAGCAGCCCCGAUUGUGGAAUGCCUGGAGAGGUACGCACCUGACGUUCUAAUAACUUCACGGGUUGCCGAUGCUUCUUUGUUCUUAGGUCCAAUGGUAUUUGAAUUAGGAUGGAACUGGGAUGAGUUUUGGCAUCUUGCACAAGGUUCUCUGGCAGGUCACCUUCUGGAAUGUGGUUGUCAACUCACAGGGGGGUAUUAUAUGCAUCCAGGUGAUAAACAUCGGAACAUGUCUUUUCAAGAUCUCCUUCAAAUAUCUCUUCCGUAUGCACAGGUUACUUUUGAUGGCACAGUAAGUGUAGCAAAGGCAGAAGGUACUAGAGGGGUUCUCAAUUGUAGCACUUGUGCUGAACAACUUCUUUAUGAAGUUGGGGAUCCUAGUUCAUACAUAACCCCUGAUGUGAUUGUAGAUUUUCAAGAUGUUACGUUUCAAUCAUUAUCAGACGACAAGGUUCUCUGCUCUGGAGCCAAGCCUUCCACUGAAUGUCGACCUGAAAAACUGUUGCUGCUAAAAUCAAAGGAUGUUGGAUGGAAAGGCUGGGGAGAAAUCUCUUAUGGUGGUUAUGGAUGCGUACUACGAGCUAAAGCUGCUGAGUUUUUAGUAAGGGCAUGGAUGGAAGAAUCAUAUCCUGGUAUAAGCACCAAUAUAUUUUCCUACAUAAUUGGUCGGGAUAGCCUUAAAGCAACUAGCACCGAGGAUAUAUCAUCAAAGCCUUGUGAAGAUAUUAGAUUACGAAUGGAUGGCUUGUUUGAGAAAGAGGAGCAUGCAAUCCAGUUCACAAAGGAAUUCAUAGCUUUAUACACCAAUGGCCCUGCUGGUGGUGGUGGCAUCAGCACUGGAAGCAAGAAAGAGAAUUUUCUGGAAAAGCAAUUGGUGGGACGUGAAAACGUUCAUUGGCAAAUUUCUGUAGCCCAAAACAACAUCAUAGUUAGCUCAACUGAUCAUAGUCCCAGGCGUGCCGUUGCAGAGCAGAAACUCGCUGUGCGUGCAACUAUACACUACGAUUCGAGCAAAGAUCCAACAACCACAAGAAGUCAGCUCUGUGCUGCUCCGGCUGGCCAAAAGAUCCCCCUUUACGACGUAGCUCACAGCAGGGUCGGGGACAAAGGCAACGACCUCAACUUCUCCCUGAUCCCACAUUACCCCCCGGAUAUCGAGAGGCUUAAGAUGAUUGUAACGCCAGGGUGGGUGAAGGAAGUUGUGUCACCCCUCCUGAAUCCCUCAUCCUUCCCUGAUCCAGACGACCUAGAAAGAAGAGACGAGUGGAUCGAGCAACACGUUAAGGUCGAGAUCUACGAGGCUAGAGGGAUUCACUCGUUGAACGUUGUUGUCCGCAACAUUCUGGAUGGAGGAGUGAACUGCUCGAGGAGAAUCGACAGGCAUGGCAAGACGAUAUCGGAUUUGGUAUUAUGCCAGCAAGUUGUGCUGCCACCAUGAUGUUCAUAUAUAUGCAGGUGGUAUGGUAAUGGAAUGAGAUGAGCUACACUUCUACCCUUGCAAUAAUCUUUCUAAAACUACAGUCUACAGAAUUAGUUUAUGUGUGGAUAAUCCCAAGGGGACACCAAGCGGUGCAACUUCCUGUGUGUGAACAGUAAGGUUUCGGGUUCAAACUCUUAAUUAAUCGAGACUUUCCAAUUUUAAAAAAGAAAAAGAAAAAAGAAACUGAAACAUUCCAAA